AAGAACCCUUACUUGCUGGAAAGCCCCCUGGUUUCUCAACCUCCCUUCCCAUCUUCGGGGAAAAUGCCCGCCUUCUGGUCCCCACCUUCUUCCUUUCCUGAGAGCCCAACCUGAUCCUUCAAUUCCAAUUGCAAAACAGGAAGCCCCCAGGGCCAUUGCCCCCUGCGAGCCUGAAGCUUAGGCAGGCAGGCAGUGGGUGUGGGAGGAAGGCUUCCUGACUGCCCACCUCCCAUGGCCCUCCCUGGACCUGAGGGCCUUCAUUUGUCCUUGGCACUUAUCUUGGAACCACAGCCCGGGACAGGACCGAGCCGUGCCAGACCUGCGCUCUGCCUUCCUUGAGCCCACAGCACCGAUGGGGAACUGCCUGCAUGGGGUGAAGCCCUCCCUCUCGCUCCGGAAUUCAAGCCAGUGGGACUUUGAAAACUCCACUUGGGAUGAUUUCUACAAUGAGAAUUACACCUUUGACUACACUGAGGAAAUGGAGGCAGCUGCCCCCUGCCACUCCUGUAAUCUACUCGAUGACUCCUCCCUGCCCUUCUACAUCCUCUCCAGCGUCCUGGGCAUCCUGACCAGUGGGGCUGUCCUCUUUGCACUUCUCCGACCUCUCUUCCACUGGCAGCUCUGCCCUGGCAGGCUUGUUCUGGCACAGUUGGUGGUAGGCAGUGCCCUCUUCAGCAUUGUGGUGCCCAUCCUUGCCCCAGGGUCAAGCAGUGCCCACAGUGCCGCCGUGUGCCACCUGGGUUACUGGCUCUGGUAUGGCUCAGCCUUUGCCCAGGCCUUGUUGAUUGGGUUCCAUGCCUGUCUGGGCCCCAAACUCGGAGCAGGCCAGUCCUCCCGCCUCACACUGGGGCUCACCGUGGGACUCUGGGGGGUGGCUGCCCUGUUGGGGUUACCAAUCACCUUGGCCAGUGAAACUUCUCGUGGACUCUGCACCCUGGCAUCCAGCAGGGGCAUGGGGGCUUUGCAGUCUACACAUGCUGUGGCCUGCUUUGUUGUCUUUAUCUUGCUGCCACUGGGGUUGUUGGGAGCCAAGGGGCUGAAGAAAGUGCUGGGUUUGGGGCCAGGCCCCUGGGUCAGUAUUCUGUGGGUCUGGUUCAUUUUCUGGUGGCCUCAUGGGAUAUUGAUAGGAUUGGACACCCUGGUGAGAAGCAGGCUCUUGGUGUUUUCAACAUGCCUGGCCCAGAAGGUUCUGGACCUGCUGCUGAACCUGGCAGAAGUGCUGGCAAUACUGCACUGUGUGGCUACGCCCUUGCUCUUGGCAGUGUUCUGCCACCAGGCCACCCGUACAUCCCUGCCCUCCCUGCCACUGACUGCAAGACAAGCUUCUCAUCUGGACACCUUUGGAGACAAGUCCAAGCCUGCUUCCCACCUGUCAACCUGAAUUAAAGACGACGUUGCUUUUA